AGCGCUCGCCCCUGGCCUCGCUCCCUGACCGCCCCCCCAAGAUGGUGUGCGGCGGCUUCGCCUGCUCCAGGAGCUGCCUGUGCGCCCUCAACCUGCUCUACACGUUGGUAAGCCUGUUGCUGAUUGGAAUUGCUGCCUGGGGAAUUGGUUUUGGCCUCAUCUCCAGCCUCCGGGUUAUGGGUGUGGUCAUCGCCGUUGGCAUCUUCCUCUUCCUAAUUGCGUUGGUGGGGCUGAUCGGAGCUGUGAAGCAUCACCAGGUGCUGUUGUUCUUUUACAUGAUCAUUCUCUUACUGGUCUUCAUCAUCCAGUUUUCUGUAUCCUGUGCUUGCUUAGCCCUGAACCAGGAGCAGCAGGGCCAGCUUCUGGAGGUUGGAUGGAACAACACAGCCAGUGCCCGGGAUGAUAUUCAGAGAAGUCUGAACUGCUGUGGGUUCCACAGCUUUAACCCCAAUGACACCUGCCUUGCUAGCUGCUUCAAAAACAGCCACCACUGUUCUCCCUGUGCUCCAAUCAUAGAAGAAUAUGCUGGCGAGGUGUUGAAGUUUGUAGGUGGAAUCGGCCUCUUCUUUAGUUUUACAGAGAUCUUGGGAGUCUGGCUGACCUACCGAUACCGGAACCAAAAAGACCCUCGGGCAAACCCGAGUGCCUUCCUUUGAUGGGUGAUCCAGGGUGAUCUCCUGAACUGACCCUUCCCUCUUUCUUCCUGUUACAUAUAAGUUAAGCUAGUUGUCCUUUUCCUUAAUUAAGUGAAAUUUCCUUUUAAAAUGACAAGAUAGAAAGGAGAAUUCUUUUUUUUUGUUUGUAGUUAGCCCAGGGCCCAUCUUUCCCCAUGUAACGUCCUUUGCCAUGCCUCUUUGGAAUACUAUCUUCUGAGUUAAAUUGUUCCCUCCUUCGGCCAUGCUCAUAGUUUGAAGCCAGUGCCCCGAUGCCUUUCUUAGCCUUUGUACAUGCAGAGACAAUUUCAGUGGCAUUCUUGUUAUCAUCCACAUUGUGACCACCAUGUCUAUGCCUCCUGGGUCACACUGGUUAUAGAUAUGGGGUGGGAACCAGAGAAAGAUGGGGAUUUGAUUUGCAACUGAUUCUUUUAGUUUGGAUGAGUUCAUGGAAGGGACUCCCCUCACUCCACUCCCCAUUCCCAAUGUUUUUUUCUUAACAGAAACUUUGUGUGGAGUAAAAUUCAAUUAAUUAAAGUGUUGAUUCAAAUUUUGUUGUCUUACUUUAGGACAAGAUUAUUGUUAUUAGAAGUAGAAAUGUGGUUUGGGAAAGUGGAACAGUGAGUUAUCCUGGGACCUGUAGGGUCAGAAGAGAGGUGGGAGCUCAUAGGUAUCCUCCUCCCCACAUCCCACCUCCAUUGAUUGACAAGUGAUUAAUCCAGAGUGCAUCUGUCCUCAUUAUCUUUUCACCACAAUGAAUAGCAGCUUGAAUCCUUCUAUUUUUACAAAAAGCAAAGCAAUUAAAUUAUCCCAUGGGGUGAAAGCAUGAGAGUUGGUGACCUUGACACUGGCCAGCCUCCAUCCAUCCUGAGAAGUCCUUGAUGAUUAUCCUGGGGAAGCUGUCAGACACAAGCAUAUUGGGAUGUGAUUGUCAUGAUUUCCAAUUUGAAUAGAAUUGUAGCUAUUUCAUUUAUUUAAAAAAAAAUAAAAUAUGGAAAACCUUU